CGUUCGAGGAAUUAUUAGCAACUGAUGAAAAAAUAUCAUUUACCGAAAAAGUAGAAGCUAAUGAAAUGAUAAAUCAAUUACAUGACCAAUGUAAAAACAUUCAAGCGAAGAUAAGACCAUAUAUUGCUGCUGUCACAGAUGAAAGUCUUCUUGAGGAACUGUUAACAUUAAAUGAUAAUUUAUCAAAUGCAUUCCAAAAAUAUGAAAAAAUUUACAAUAAUCACGAGAUUUUCCAAAAUCCAAAACCGAUUACAUCAGUGGCGGACAUUACUACCGAAUCAAAUGACGACGAUCACGAUAAUAUUAUUACUACUAUUGAAACUUCUCCAAUAACUAUAGUUACAUCGCCAACUUCACCAUCUGUAACGUCACCAACUUUUUCAAUCGGUGAUUCUGACGAUGAUGGUGAUUUCGAUAAUAUAGCUUUAUCUGAAGGAAGUUUAUCAUCAAAGAAAAUUCCACCUUCAUUAAAAAUUGAAUCGCUUUUGGCUUCUGAUAUUGACAUACAUAGUCAAAAAAGUCCUAAAAGUCCACUCGAAGAAAUGAAUAAAUUAUUGGAAGUUGAAGAAGGUCAAGUAUUAAGAAAGGCGAGAGAAGUAUUUGAACAGGAUAUUGAAGAAACGGAAUCCAGUCCUUUAGAUCAAUUAAGUGGUGAAGAAUUGAAACUACAGGCAAGUAUUAAAAGUUUAUUAAGCUUAGAAAAAUUUGAAUUAUCAAUGAUUCAAAUUUUAAACUUAAACAGCUUAUGA